CCCAGUCCGACCCGAAGGCAAGGGUGGUGGAGGCAACGCGGAAACUUGGUCGCGGCUUUUCGGGAGGUUGUAGCUUUAGGUUUUGCUACCUAGUACCGACACAGACGCCAGCCUUCGUGAGUUCAGAGCGCUCCUCCCACAUCUAGCCCGGCGCCCGGAGGGGCGCGCCCCCGCUGCCCCGCGCUCCCGGCACCGCCCACUCCCCUCCCUGCAGCCGUCCCUCCCUCCGCCCGGACUGCCAGCGGUGUUGGCAGCGGCAGGGCGAGGCCCCUCCUUCACGCCUUCCUUCUUUCCCUCGCUCGCUGCCAAGCGGAACUGGCUGACGCGGCUGAGCCCCCAACGCUCUUCGGGCCAUGGCCGGCAACGUGAAAAAAAACUCUGGGGCUGGGGGUGGCGGCGGUGGCGGUUCCGGGAGCUCGGGCUCUGGAGGCCUGAUCGGGCUCAUGAAGGACGCCUUCCAGCCUCACCACCACCAGCACCACCAGCACCACCAGCACCACCAGCUCAGCCCCCACCCGCCGGGGACCGUGGACAAGAAGAUGGUAGAGAAGUGCUGGAAGCUUAUGGAUAAGGUGGUGCGGUUGUGUCAGAACCCAAAGCUGGCGCUAAAGAAUAGCCCACCUUAUAUCUUAGACCUGCUGCCAGAUACCUACCAGCAUCUUCGUACUAUCUUGUCAAGAUACGAGGGGAAGAUGGAGACACUUGGAGAAAAUGAGUAUUUUAGGGUGUUCAUGGAGAAUUUGAUGAAGAAAACUAAGCAGACCAUAAGCCUCUUCAAAGAGGGGAAAGAAAGAAUGUAUGAGGAAAAUUCUCAGCCUAGGCGAAACCUAACCAAAUUGUCCCUGAUCUUCAGCCACAUGCUGGCAGAACUAAAAGGAAUCUUUCCAAGUGGACUCUUUCAAGGAGACACAUUUCGAAUUACUAAAGCAGAUGCUGCAGAAUUUUGGAGGAAAGCUUUUGGGGAAAAGACAGUAGUCCCUUGGAAGAGCUUCCGACAGGCCCUUCAUGAAGUACAUCCCAUCAGUUCUGGGCUGGAGGCCAUGGCUCUGAAAUCCACAAUUGAUCUGACCUGCAAUGAUUAUAUUUCAGUUUUUGAAUUUGACAUCUUUACACGACUCUUUCAGCCCUGGUCCUCUUUGCUCAGGAACUGGAAUAGUCUUGCUGUAACUCACCCUGGUUAUAUGGCUUUCCUGACAUAUGAUGAAGUAAAAGCUCGUCUCCAGAAAUUCAUUCACAAACCUGGCAGUUACAUUUUCCGGCUGAGCUGUACUCGUCUGGGUCAGUGGGCUAUUGGGUAUGUUACUGCUGAUGGGAACAUUCUCCAGACAAUCCCUCACAAUAAACCUCUCUUCCAAGCACUGAUUGAUGGCUUCAGGGAAGGCUUCUAUUUGUUUCCUGAUGGGCGGAAUCAGAAUCCCGACCUUACAGGCUUAUGUGAACCAACUCCCCAAGACCACAUCAAAGUGACCCAGGAACAAUAUGAAUUAUACUGUGAGAUGGGUUCCACAUUCCAACUGUGUAAAAUAUGUGCUGAAAAUGAUAAGGAUGUAAAGAUUGAGCCCUGUGGACACCUCAUGUGUACGUCCUGUCUUACAUCCUGGCAGGAAUCAGAAGGCCAGGGCUGUCCUUUUUGCCGAUGUGAAAUUAAAGGUACUGAGCCUAUUGUGGUAGAUCCAUUUGAUCCUAGAGGAAGUGGCAGCCUAUUGAGGCAAGGAACAGAGGGAGCUUCUUCACCAAAUUAUGAUGAUGAUGAUGAUGAACGAGCUGAUGAUUCUUUCUUUAUGAUGAAGGAAUUAGCUGGUGCCAAGGUGGAACGGCCUCCAUCUCCAUUCUCCAUGGCCCCCCAAGCUUCCCUUCCCCCAGUGCCACCACGACUUGACCUUCUGCAACAACGAGUGUCUAUCCCUUCAAGUGUGUCUAGUGUUGGAACUGCUUCUAAGGCAGCUUCUGGCUCCCUUCAUAAGGACAAGCCAUUACCAGUACCUCCCACACUUAGAGAUCUUCCACCGCCACCCCCUCCAGACCGACUGUAUUCUGUUGGAGCUGAAACCCGGCCUCAGAGACGCCCCUUGCCUUGUACACCAGCCGACUGUCCAUCCAGGGACAGAUUACCCCCUGUCCCGUCUAGCCGCUUUGGGGAAUCAUGGCUUCCUAGGCCAAUCCCCAGAGUACCAGUAGUUACCCCAAACCUUAGUGAUCCCUGGACAGGGAGAGAAUUAACCAACCGGCACUCACUUCCAUUUUCAUUGCCCUCACAAAUUGAACCCAGAGCAGAUGUGCCUAGGCUCGGAAGCACAUUCAGCCUGGACACCUCUAUGAAUACAAAUAGUGGCCCAUUAGCAGGUCCAGAGUGUGAGCACCCCAAAAUCAAACCUUCUGCAUCUGCCAAUGCCAUUUAUUCCCUGGCUUCCAGACCUCUUCCUGUGCCAAAGCUGCCACCUGGAGAACAGUGUGAAAGUGAGGAGGACACAGAGUAUAUGACUCCCACCUCUAGGCCUCUAGGGCUUCAAAAGCCAGAGGUGAAAUGGCCUUUAGAGACAUGCCAGAGUUUACGAACAUGUGACUGUGACCAGCAGAUUGAUAGCUGUACAUAUGAAGCAAUGUACCAUAUUCCAUCCCAAGUGGCACCACCUGACACAGAGAGCAGAACCUUUGAUGAGGGUAAUACGACUGCAGGCCAUGCUGACAUUGGCCCAGAAGAAUCAGAAAAUGAAGAUGAUGGGUAUGAUGUCCCUAAGCCACCUGUGCCAGCAGUGCUGGCCCGCCGAACUCUCUCAGACAUCUCUAAUGCCAGCUCCUCCUUUGGCUGGUUGUCUCUGGAAGGCGAUCCCACAAACUUAACUGAGGGUUCCCAAGUCCCUGAGAGGCCUCCCAAGCCGUUUCCUCGGAGAAUCAACUCCGAACGAAAAGCCAGCAGCUCUCAGCAAGGUGGUGCUGCUACUUCUGCUGCCACCACCUCACCACAGCUCUCCAGUGAGAUUGAGAACCUGAUGAGUCAGGGAUACUCCUACCAGGACAUUCAGAAAGCCUUGGUCAUUGCCCACAACAACAUUGAAAUGGCCAAAAAUAUCCUCCGGGAAUUUGUUUCUAUUUCUUCUCCUGCCCAUGUAGCCACCUAGCACAUCAUCUUCCUGCUGCAGCUUCAGAGGACCAAUGACCUGGGAGCUCUUACUCGAGUAGUACCUAAAGGGCAGAGAGGUUCCUCUGGAGACUUCACAGUGAAGUUUAGCCCUGUCUGUGGGAUAUCACAUCUGUGGUUCUAAGAUUGCAAAGCAGUGGAAUGAAAAUGGAGUGACUAGUGUGUUUUUAUUAUUUUAUUUUGGGAGUAUAUUUGCAGGUGUCCUUCCAUCUCCAGUCAGAGAGAGUGUGGGUUUUUUUUUUAUGGUAGCCUACCUGGGGAGCAGUACAGAAAGCAGUAAGAGAAAUAUUGUGCUAUAAAUCCUAAUUGAGGACUUGAGAUUUUCCUGGGCUUAGGAAUGUGGUCGUGUAUAUAUGUUUGUCUGUGUUCAUGUCUGUCCUGUAAUUAUAAAAUUAAUCUGCUUUUUGUGUUAAUCCAAGGCAGGGAAAAUUAGCACAAGAAGUUUAGGAAGGAAUCUUAUUAAAACUUCCAUAUACUGUGGUAUUAUACCCACCCCCAGUGUGUAUUACAACUUUAACACUCCCCUGUGGUUGGGAUUAUCAUAUGCACAAAGUCAUGUAAUUUUAGAAUACUUCCCCUCUAUCCUUUCCCUGUUUUCUCUUUCCUCCUCUUCCUUGGUGUCUCACAUUGGCAGUUAGCUUGCUAUGACCAGCCCUGCUGAGCCAAAUGAUGUAUAGGAUUUCUUUAUUGUAUGUGAUGGUGUUGGUUUGCUUGAAAGGGGAAAAAGGUCCUGUUCCUGUAUCAUUCUAGUCAUGUUUCAUACUAGCAGCUAGCACUAGCCACUCUAAAACACUGUUUCUAUAGGAACAUUGAAUCUGUUAAAAUAAGAUGUUUAAUUAUUCUAACUACAAUGAGUGAUUUGAGAUAGAGGCCUUCAGAUACAUUCCAUGCUCUCUCCAGAAAAUAGUCUGGGAGUCAAUUGCCUUGGAACUAGGUAUGCUUGUGUCUGAUGUAGGUCAUGAGUGUUUCUACUCAGUGGGAAGGGAAGAACAUUAGCUUCUAGCAUAGCUUUCUGGCCAAAAUUCCAGGAAGCUUGAAUCACGUGCUGUCUACUUUGUUAUCCAUAAAAUGCACAAAACAGACAAUAAGGGUUUACCUGUUCACUUUUUAUUCCAAAUGAAUUAAUUCCAGCUUAUAUGGGUGUCUCUCUGUGAACAUGAGCCAAGUUAUAUUUUCUGUAGUGAUUUUUUUCUUUGCCCUUUAGAAAUGGGGGUACCAUCCAUGUUAACUCAGCAUUUUUCUACCCAACAAAUUGGUGUUCAUUUGUGCCUAUGGCUUUGGGAAUGUAGCACCUCCUUCACCUUUCCUCUUCACCUUUGGUCCUAUAUACACUUUAAUGACUGUGUUCCCACAGUAAUUAGACAUCAUUUAGUGUGAUAAAUGACUUUACUAUAGUCAGAGACAAUAUGUGAACAGCAAGGCAGUUUGUGUAAUUGCAGAUUCCCAAAGCAGAUUCAGAAUCCAGUGUCAGGCACCAUUAGUUUUUGUAAAUACUACCAAAUGACCCCUCAAGUUCAGGUCAUUCUUGCCCAGAAUCUUUCAUUGGUCUCCCCGAACCUUCUUCCUUAUCAGAAGCAGGCCUGCUUUUUGUUGAUCUACCUUCCUCAGACUCUAAAUCAUGCUUUUUGUCUUUAGAUCCACAGAAAUUGACUCUUUAUUUAGAUCUCUUUCUCAUCUUGUCAUCUUUAUAACUAAAACUUUUCUAACUCUUCUCUUGGCUUUUAGCUUUUGGUUUUAUCCUCUUAUCUCAGAGCUAUUUGCAUUCUCAUGGUAGACAGUACAGGACUUGCUGAUUUGCUAUGGUUGUCCUGUGUCUCUUCUGUGUGGUGGAGAAUGACAUGGCCCACCAUCUGGCGUAGGAGGUCCUGAACUAGAGUGGAGGGCAGAAUAGAGUGUCAGUGUAUAGGAAACAGUAACUUGGCUUCUUCUAAAAGCCAGACUUGUGUUUCAUUUGUGGUAACAUUUAGUUUUGUGUUUUGUUGAGAUAUUGAAAGCCUAGAGAGAACUAAAAAAAUGGCAGCAGUUUCCAUGCCUAACCAUACAGGGAUUUGCUUGUCUGUAGAUAUUGCCCAUAAUCUGAAGAUCUAUCAAGAGACCAAAGCCCUGGUCUUUGUAUCUAUUCCUCUUUCAAAGUACAUCCAGAAUCUUCUUUGGAGAUUAUGUCCUUGCUUAUAUAGGCUAAGGGCAAGUUCAUCCUUUCUUUCCUCAGUGGAGUACUAGUGUGGCUUUUGCUUUUUAGGUCCUUCCUGAACUGGGGUGCCAGAUCCUUGUUAAACAUGUACACCAUUGGUCGGAGUAUUAUCUUGUCAGUUGUGUAUCUGUAGGCAUUCAGGGUUUCAGACUUUCUGUGAGGCUUUUCUCUUUGGGUGCUUUGAGGGUAUAUCCAGGUCCAUGUCUGAGAUUGCCAGGCGAGCUCAGGAAAAUUUUCAUACGGCUCUUGUUUUGAGGAUAGUCCUAAAACUUUAAUUUCUUAAAUUUUCUUUUGACUACGGCCCUAGUAACUUGUUCCUCAAACUCCAUUUUUAUGAUAAUUUAUAAUUCUUUGGCUCUGUUCUGAAUUAAAUUAAAAUUGCUCUUUCACAAGAAGGCUUUACGUUGAGUUUUUCCAUUUUGACAAACUCAUUCCUUUUUCCCUCCUAUCACAGAUGGUUCUUCCUCUCUUAACUAUCAGGUAUAUAAGGUAAAACCACUUUGAUGUUUUCCUUUUUCUUAAAUGUAUUAGGCUAUUCUGUUAAACCCAGUCUUCUGCUCUCCAGGGUUGCUUUACAUAGCCUCCCACAUUAACUGGGCGGCUGCUGUGCAGGACUUGCAAUGAUCUGCCCGUCCCAUCUCCCACUAAAGCAUAGAGCUCUCAAAGUGGAAAAAAUCUGUGGGUUCUAUGUUAUACCUCCCUUCAGGUACAUAAUAGAUUGAGCAACAUAUCAUCUUGCAUUUACCUAUUACUCUUUAUGUAAAUAGUGGAUGGUCAUUCUCUCCCACAGCCCUCUCUUUCCUCAGCCCCACUCUAAAUGUUCUGCCAUUCUUCUGAUUGCCCUCUUCUUUUAUAGACUUUCAGUACCAGGGCCUAGGAUGUAUCAUUUUGCUGUUUUUGUGGAUUAAAAAAAAACAAAAAACGGGCAGGGGGGCCAUUGCUAUUCUUCAUACUUGAAGUAUUUAUUUUUUUAUAUAGAAAAGUAAACUAUGUUUUAUGGUCCAAACAGUGAACAUACAAAUGAGUUUUUGUAAAUUAUUUGUGAAGUAGGAACCCAGCUGUAUGUUACCUUUAAGGCACUAUUAACAAGAUCUAGACCGUUUUUUCUUUUUUGUUAAAGUUCUAGUAUAAUUGACAUAUUAGUUUCAGGUAUAUAAUCUAAUGAUUCAGUAUUUACAUAUACUGCAAAAUGAUCACCACAGUAAGUUUCUAAGUUUAGUAAUCACCAUAAAAAGUUACAAAAAAAUUCUUUUUUUCUUUGCGAUGAGAACUUUUAAGAUAUACUCUCUUGGCGACAUUCACAUAUGCACUAAGGAUCUACACCUUUCUGUGGGUGAUAACAAUGGUGUUAAUGCAGAGUCUUCUCCUACCUCACAUCAUGAAAGUCAGAGGGUUAUAGACCUUCCCAACUAUUUGGAAGUCCCCCUUCUUACUGUGUUCUUCCUGACUCUGUCCAUGGAGUAACAGUAUUCUGACCAUUGACCUGGCUGUUUACCAGUUUGUUUGUUCAUUCAGCAAAAGUUUAUGAGUGAUUUACCAUUUGCCAGAACUGUCAGCUCGUGUUUUCUCCUACCACCAUGUGGUGAUUUACUGAUGUUGGGGGAUUUUACUUGGCUGCCUGGCACUUAGAUUUGGCCCUAAAGUAGCCCUUCCCAGUAAGAUUGUAUAGUUUUCAUUCAUGGCUUUUACAUUUCCUUUCAGAGCUGUCCUGGCUGAAGAAUCUGUGUGGUGGUUUGAGGGGUAUGUUGACUGAGAAUUGCGCAAUAAAGCAAUUAACUGUUUAAGCAAAGCAUCUACCCAUGGUUCCCUUUCUAAUGUAGUACCUCCCUUCAUCUUUUUUACCGGGCCAAUUGUGUCUCUAAUCUCCCUUGUUGGGAAGUUUCCUUAUUGGCCUUCUGUGACCUGUCACCCAUUUGGAACUUGUUUUCCAGUCCUUCACCGAGUUUUGCAGCUAAUCUUAUGUUUUAAGGGUGGCUGAAGGUAUAAGAAACCUAUGGGCACUUGUUGUUGGUCCUGAUCUUCAACCAGUUGUUUGGUCUCCUGAGAGUCAGGCAAUGAAAAUACACUGAACUCAAUCAGUUCUCAAAAAUGUCAGCCUUGCCCUGACUGGGUGGCUUAGUUAGUUGGAGUGUUAUCCUGAACACCGAAAGGUUGCAGGUUCAACUCUCCCAGUCAGGGCACAUACCUAGUUUGUGGGUUUGAUCCCUGGUCAGGCAUGUUUGGAAACAAUCAAUCAAUGUUGUUUACCUCUCUCCCCUGUCACCUCUCUCUCCUAUCUCUCCCCUCUCUUCCUUCUUCUUGCUCUAAAAUCAAACAUACCCUUGAGUGAGGAUUUUUUUUUUAAUGUCAGUUUUUGUCUCUUAAGGUAGGGAACUGAGAGACCUCAGACAUCCUAGAACUUAGUAUUAAAAUCAACACAUCAUUAUUCUCUCCUAGACUUUCAGUCUUCAGAAAUUCAGUCUACAGCAUUUUAAUCCAACAUAGAGCAUUACUAUUACUACUUUGAUCUCCGUCUACAGUAGUAGUCUGUCUUUAGAACUGCAUCUAGCCAUUCAAUACAUGGAGGCGGUGCAUAGUGGAAGAAGGUCAAGGAUGUAUCUUUGACUAUCCUGUUUGGGAAUCCUUCGGAUGCAAGAAACAAGUACUGAAACUAAAGAAAGGACAGAGUCAUAAGGAUGCAGGGUAUUUCACAGAACCCAGGAGAAGAAAUACACUUGACUCUCGCAUGGAACUGGAACACUUUGCACCUAGUCCUUUUGCUUGUCAUUGUGUUUACUGGCAUGCAUAGGCCCAAAAUAGACACCCUAAUCCUUAAGUCCACAACUCUAGAGAUCACCAUGAACCAGAUUCCAUUGCUUCUUGGUUCAUAUUCUCAAGAAAGAAUAUGACCACCCUAGCACAUUGAUUAGGUAUCUACCCCCUACCCUUCAGCCUUCCCACACAGGGCAACAGCAGCAUGUCCCUUCAGGGGGCAGGUGGGGGUUCUCAGAGAAGGGGGUAUAGAUAGGAGAGAUACCCUAAAAAUACUUUAGCAGUAAACUGCUAUCAUACUACUUUUUUGAGAGUAAGAAGACAGCUGUGGCAUUGUGUCUGGAACAUCAAGGAAAUCCUUAUAUUUAAUUCAGGUUCUCUUUAUUUCUUAUUUUUCUUCUUAUGAGUUUUUUUAAUGAGACUUUUAUGAGUCUUUGUGUCCAAGAGUUCUUAUCUCUUUCUUAAGGACCAGUUUCUUCUGUUUUGGAGCUAGUCUGUUCUUAGGGUGAUAUUUCUUAGCCCUCCUUCUAUCUCAGGUUUUUUAGCCUUCAUUCAUAUCAUUUAGAGAGCAGAUCAUCCCAAAUCCCACUGUAGUCACCCAUGGACUUCUGGGCUGUCUUCAGGUUUCAGCACUGAAAAGGGAUUCAUUCUAUGACCUGUGUUCCUCUCUAUACCCUCCUUCUCACCCUUCCAUUUGCUGUAUGAGGGGAGCUCCUUGGUAAUAGUCUUAGGCAACCUCCCUUAGAUACCUCAGAAACUGCUUUGCUGAAGCCAGUAAGGAUACAUAAUAGUUGGGAGAGUUGUUAGGAUAUAAAUUACAUAUAGAUUCCAGUUUAGAAUGGAGUUUUUGUGUGUGUUUGUUUUACUGAGAGCUCUUUAGACAGAAUAUCUUCACCUGUCCAGUUGCUUUCUUUGUAGUCCUGUAUUAAAACCUUUGUUUUUAUUUUUGAAACUGUGCUUCUGCUUGCCUGAAUCUUUUGAUCUUAGUUAUCUCAUUAUGUAGUCUUGUCUUGUUAUUAAGGCAUUUCAUAAUGAGAACUUUAAAAAACUAUUGGAUUGUUAUAUAUACAUAGAAGCAACCUAAUAAUCCAAAGAUGUAUAUUGAGGCACAUGUUAUAGGGUGGGUUAUCAGACUUUACCUUUGGUAUCCUAGUGUAGGUUCUGCCUUCAGUGUCCUAGGAAACCUGGGUUGAUUUUGGAGAGGAGUGCCGAGUUUCUUGGUUCUGGAAAACACAAAGAGUAAGAGUUGGGGAAGUAGGGGUACAUAGGUGCUGCAUGGAGGCUCAUUCAUAGUCAGAUGGCAGGUGCUUCCCCUCUUCUUAUGUAGUGCCUGAGAAAACUGUGGCUUACCACACCUUCUGUUUGUGCAGAACAAAGGCCAAAGGCCAACCUCGAAUCUGUUGAUUUGGCAGCUCAACAAGUCAGAAUUCUAAUUGCCCAGCCCCAUAUUCUUGACUCAGUCCCAAAAAUUAACAUGGGAGGCACCCUCCACAUCACCUCACGUUCUACCCAUGAGGUAGACUAGGGGACCAGAGAAAGCUUGCUCAACACAUGCUCUGUGCAACUGGUCAGGCCCCCAGUGGGUUUACUGUGGUCAGUUCUGUCCUUCCUCCUUACCCCUGACCCUGUUAUGGUGGGUGUAGGUUGCCAUCCUCAUGGCUAUCUGGAAACUGAAGAGGCAAAAAGCUACUUAUGAGUCUUUAGACCACAUGUUUUUUCUUCCUUGGCCUCUUUUGCUGUAAGUGAGUAAGCUUGCAGGAGCAAUAUCCAUGAAGUAGAUGCCUCCUGAUCUACCCUUCUCAGCAUUGUUGUAGUGUCUUGGCCUUGACCUGCUGAAGCAUGUGGUUGGGCCAUGGCAGCUAUCAAGUAUCUCUUACAUCUGCUUUCUGUGGCUGGCUGUGGUGACUUGGGAUUUUUAACCUUAUAUGAGUAUAUCUUUCUCUUUUAUUCAAAACAAAAACAAUUUUUAGCACACUGAAAAAAAAAAGCCAAACAUAUUGUGCCUUUGUAAAGAAAGGCUGCAUUUUAGAGCUUAAUAUGGAAAUAGCAGAGUCUUAGCUCUCCUCUACCUUGAGUAUCACUGAUCCCUACAGUCUAGGGAAAAGGAAGAAGUAGUCCAUGUGGCUGGAGAUGUCACACAGGGGCAUAGUGUCAGUGGUCCCUUUUCCUUGCCUGUGAUGCUUAGUUGGAAGAAACAAGCAUUGUACUCUGGAUCAUUUGGUUGCUUCCCAUUAGAGUCUUAGUUAUCAGGUCAAAUGAUGUCUCCAGCAAGAAUAGAGACAAUGUUCCAUGAUUUCCAGGUCUACUCUGGACCAUUUCAAGUGACCCAGCCUCCUAAUCCUAUUAAUGGCCCAGCUGCCUGGAAGUGUCAGAUGGACUCUAAAAAGGGGAGAUUGUUUCUAUGUUUCCCUCUUUUCUUUUUGGUAGAUCCUGAACUGGCCUAGACCUCCUGCCUCUCCCUUUCAUUUGAAGACUUUCAAACUGAAAGCAUUAAGCAGCUAGUGCCCUCUGUGGGGUCUAGUUUCCCCUGGGAAAGGCAGAGAGAACCAAAUACCAGAAGCCUGUCACCAUUAUUGUGGCCACUAGGUCUCAGGAGGCAGGCGAGGAAAAAAAUGUUUCCUAUAUAAUAGCAUUUUACUUAAUUCUUUCCCUUUUCUCAGUUCUUCCCUGCCUAUAACUAAUAAAUUUGGGGAUAGAAACAAUUCUUUUUAAAGUCCUUUUUUGGGGAUUUAACAUACUGGGGCUGGAGGAAGCUUGAUGCUUUCUCCAGAAUAAGAGUCUCAAUUUGUAUAUCAGUGUUAAAUAACGUGAAAACUUAGAUGAGAUUUUUGUUGGCUAUUUUAAAAAUAUGUCAUUAAUAUAAAAUUCUUUUGUUAGUAGUAUUUAAUCAUUCUCACAUGUAAAGAAUAAGAAAAACAGAAGGUAAAUAUUCCUACAGAGAAUAGCAGAGCUUUAAGAUUCAUUUUCAUUUUAAGUCUACUUUGUUUUGCCAAUGUAUUAAUGUUUAGAGGUUUGUUAUACUAAUGUUAUUUAUUAAUUCAUUUAUAUACACAGUUAACUAAAGAGCUUUUUCAAGCACCCAUGUCUGUAAAAGUAUUUUUAAAUAAA